AUGUCGGACGCCUCCUCGUGCCGCCUGCCGCGCGACUUGGGCAUCUUUGACUUCUUCCGCAGCCGCUCGUUGUCGCUGGGCCGUCGCGAGUCGCACCGCCCGACCUCCCGCGCGCCCGUGCGCGAGCCAAAGCCCGCGCGGCACUCGAUCGCCGCGUCGUCGUCGAUGCCGCCGCCGCGCGCACCCGCUGCGGAGCUCCUGGACGUCUCGCAGACAGCAGCGGCCUCGUGCUCGGCGUUCGUGCCGCCGCUGUCGGAGAUUGCGCACGCGACUGCGACUUCGGUCGACUCGCUCAGCACGAACGACCACUUGAGCGACGACGACAGCGACAGCGACAGUGACACUGGGACGGCCUCGACGGGCGACUGCAAUAGCGAAAGCAGCUGCAGCAGCAGCGCCCUGGGCAGUGCGAUCCGCGACGGAGAGGAGUUGGUGGCGCUCAAGGUGUUCAAGACGUCGCUGCUCAAGAAGAUGCGCGACGUGAAGCGCGUUGGGCGGCGGAUGGUCGUGUCGACGGCGCUGGACAAGGUGCAGAUGGAAAUCGCCAUCAUGAAGAAGCUCCACCACCCGAAUCUGUUGAACUUGUUGGAAGUGUUUGACGACGAUGCCGAGACGCUCGUGCUGAUGUUGGAGUAUGCGCCGUCGGGACAAGUGAUGCAGUGGUACCCUGACGAGAAGGUGUACAAGAAGACUGGCGGCCAGCGCGAAGCUGCUUGCUUUCGUGAAGACGAGCUACGCCCGGAGAACAUCCUCGUGGGCCAGGACGGCACGUACAAAAUCUCAGGACUUUGGCGUCGCGCACUUUUUCGAGGAAGAAGACCGAGCAGCCAAGCUCACAGUCUUCUUGUGGGCGAGGCGUCUGUAGCGGCAUCAAAGCCGCAUCGGAAGGGUUACGUCUCGACAACCGCCGGCACCUAUGCGUUCAUGGGCCCGGAGACGCUCAAAGGGGGCGAGUACAGUGCCUAUGCAGCCGACAUUUGGGCGCUGGGCGUUACGGUCCACGCCCUGGCGCUUGGCGCGAUUCCGUUCUACGAUCCAGACGUUGCCAGACGCUCUUCGAGAUGA